AUGGAUAAUAAGAGAGAUGAAAGAGAGCUUUCUCGAGAUGGGGUGAUUGAGGGCAUGCCUUUGUUUGCUAAAGAGUUCAUAGCUGGUGGUGUGGCUGGUGGGAUUGCAAAAUCUGCUGUUGCCCCUCUUGAACGAAUUAAGAUCUUGUUUCAGACCAGACAGGCUGAAUUCCGGAGUAUAGGGCUCCUUGGAUCAUUCUCUAAGAUUGCGAAAACUGAAGGGCUCCUCGGCUUCUACAGGGGAAAUGGGGCUAGUGCUGCACGCAUUGUGCCCUAUGCGGCACUACAUUAUAUGGCCUAUGAAGAAUACCGGCGACUGAUAAACCUUUCGAUACCUGGCUUUGGGACAGGCCCUGUUCUUGAUCUGGUAGCAGGAUCCUUUGCUGGUGCAACUGCCGUCCUUUUCACUUAUCCACUUGAUUUAGUUAGGACGAAGUUGGCUUACCAGGUUAAAGGCCAUCUUCCUAGCGAACAAGUUUAUAAAGGAAUCGUGGAUUGCUUCUCCAAGACUUACAGGGAGGCUGGAACCAGAGGCCUUUAUCGUGGAGUUGCUCCAUCUUUGUAUGGAAUUUUCCCUUAUGCUGGACUGAAGUUCUACUUCUAUGAGGAAAUGAAAAGGCGUGUUCCUGAAGACCACAAGAAGGAUAUUACUAUAAAACUUGCGUGUGGAUCAGUUGCAGGUUUACUUGGUCAAACAUUCACUUAUCCUCUUGAUGUUGUCAGGAGACAAAUGCAGGUCCAGCGACUUUCGGCAUCUAACAGUGCCGAUAUGAAAGGGACCAUAGAGACCCUUGUUAUGAUUGUGCAAAACAAUGGAUGGAAGCACUUAUUUUCCGGCCUUAGCCUGAACUACUUGAAGGUUGUACCAUCUGUUGCUAUUGGAUUCACUGUAUACGAUGUCAUGAAAUCAUAUCUGAGAGUUCCAUCAAGAGACGAAUCGGUAAUAGAAGUCUCAACCAACAGAAGAAACAGACAACCGUCAUCAUUUAACACUUGA